UAUAUAUAUAUACACACACAUUUUCAUUGCCAUUUAUAUGUAUAUGUUUCAGUCCCUUUAUUUCAUCACCAGUCUCCCAUUCUCAUGGCGGGUCUCCACUCUUCUUCAAGACCAUCCUCUUCGUCUUCCCUUUCUUCUUUUUCUUCUUCACAUCAAUCCUUCACUUCUCGUCUCCUCUUGCUCUUAACUAUCCUCCCUUUAGCCCUCGCCUUACUUGCCUUUGUUCUCCAAUGGCGUGGCGGUCUGACCGACCCCAUCUCCCGUUGGUCCACUGACCCGUUUCAGUUCCCUGGCAUGGACAACCCCGGUUCCAAUCCCGGUUCAGAUCGCCGCUCCAAUUCAGGCUGCGUCGAUACUUUGGGUCGAAGCAAGUCACCGGCUUUCCCUUAUUUCAAGGGUUGGGAAUUCGAUGCCGGGUCGGAUCUUACGCCUAAGAUAUGUAUUAUCUCUAGUACUUCUGCAGGAUUAGAACAGACUCUACCAUGGAUCUUUUAUCACAAGGUUAUUGGAGUUUCAACCUUUUUCCUCUUUGUUGAGGGGAAGGCUGCCUCUCCUAAUGUAUCUAAAGUCCUAGAAUCAAUUCCAGGGGUGAAAGUGAUAUACAGAACAAAAGAAUUAGAGGAACAACAAGCUAAAAGUCGGAUUUGGAAUGAGACUUGGUUGGCUAGCUUCUUCUACAAACCAUGUAACUACGAGUUGUUUGUGAAGCAAUCCCUUAACAUGGAAAUGUCUAUUGUCAUGGCAAGGGAUGCUGGCAUGGAUUGGAUCAUUCAUCUUGACACCGAUGAGCUUAUACAUCCUGUGGGUGCUCGUGAGUACUCUUUGAGACAAUUACUGUCGGGUGUACCAGGAAAUGUUGAUAUGGUUGUCUUUCCAAAUUAUGAAAGCAGCGUCGAGCAGGAUGAUGUCAAGGAACCUUUUACUGAGGUUUCAAUGUUCAAGAAGAACUAUGAUCAUCUUCCCAAGGAAGUGUACUUUGGCAAUUAUAAAGCGGCAACCCGUGGCAAUCCAAACUACUUUCUGACCUAUGGAAAUGGGAAAUCAGCUGCACGUAUUCAAGAUCAUCUUCGCCCUAACGGUGCACACAGAUGGCAUAACUACAUGAAAACACCAAAUGAGAUCAAGUUGGAUGAGGCUGCUGUUCUGCAUUAUACAUACCCCAAAUUUUCUGAUCUAACUUCAAGGCGUGAUCGAUGUGGUUGCAAGCCUACAAAGGACGAUGUUAAAAGAUGUUUCAUGUUAGAAUUCGAUAGAGCUGCAUUCAUAAUUGCUUCAACUGCAACCGAAGAGGAGAUGCUUCGCUGGUACCGCGAGCAUGUGGUGUGGACUGAUAAAGAAUUGAACUUGAAACUUUUGAGGAGGGGCAUCUUAACUAGGAUUUAUGCUCCCAUGGUUAUAAUCCAAGGACUUCGGGAAUCUGAUAUUUUCGCUUCCGUAAUACAAUCGGCACAGACAACUAUCUCAAAGGGCAAGUUCUCAUUGUCGCUCGAGAGUAGCAACUCUUCUAGAGUUGACGAAUCUGGAAUAAUUUCGUCCAGAAAGAUUGGUGUCAAAGAAUCUACGGCAACCGCCCGAAGGAUCAUGGAAAUAUCUGAAAACUUUUCUUACGGUUCAGCUAUUCCACCACUUUCUCCUCCGGUCCUGCAUGACCUUCACAUCGGUAUAUAACGACAUCAAACUCGCAACGAUUACUGCUGCCAAAUCGCUCCCACCAAGAGUUGGAGAAUCGAAUCAAAACAAGAUGGAUGAGCAAGUUGGUUAGAGCACUUCUCAUCAGGCAGUUCAGUAUUCGGAUUCCUUUGGGGCUAUUCCCGAUCAUUACCCAAGCGGCGCUGUACAUUUCCCGGCUUCGAUUAUAGUAUAGAUCAUAAGAGUUUAGAGGAUGAUAGAUGGUGAUUGACGAGUGUUGCUACAUCGUUUGGUAUCAUUUUGGAUGCCAUAACAUACAUGAGCUUCAGCUUAUUAUAGAGA